AUGGACGCCCAAGGUACUCCCACGACCCCGAGCGCUCCCAAGAUCACCAUUGAAGACAAGCUCGAGAAGCACAAGUCGGGUUCGACCACCGACGAGUGGUCGACAUGGCCGCGUCCUGAUGUCGGCUCCAGCUCUGGCAUCGCGGGCGGCAUCUACUCGAGCCGUGAGCUGCACCGCGUCGCUUCGAUUCGCCUCUCGCGCGCCCUCACGCGGGAAUCCAACGUCGAGGUCGAGGAUGGCGGUGAUGAUUGGCGCCGCGAUGAUGGGAGGAAGAAGCAGGUGUUCACUGGCACGACGCUGAUGUGGCUUGCGUAUCAGUCCAUCGGUGUCAUCUACGGCGACAUUGGAACCAGUCCUCUCUAUGUGUUCUCUUCCACCUUCUCUGAUGUUCCCAACAAGAACGAUCUCACCCAGGUUCUCUCUCUUGUUAUCUGGUCCCUCACUCUCAUGGUCACCCUCAAAUAUGUUUUCAUCGUCUUGCACGCCGACAAUGAGGGCGAGGGUGGUACCUUUUCAUGCUACUCGCUAUUAACCCGAUUUGCCAACAUCACCAACUUCGAUCCCCGUGAAGAAGCAACGGUCCGCAUCGAACGCCACAACACCCAGGACGUGCGCCCCGUCACGCGCGGCAUCCGCUCCGCCAUCGAAAAGAGCAAGUUCACCAGAGGCUUCCUCAAGACCAUCGGCGUCCUGGCCGUCUCCAUGGUCAUCGCCGACGGCAUCCUCACCCCGGCGCAGUCCGUCCUGGGCGCCAUCCAGGGCCUCUCCGUCGUCAAGCCCGAUAUCAGCACCUCGACCAUCGUCGGCACGACAUGCGGCAUCCUCGUCCUGCUCUUCCUCAUCCAGCCCCUCGGCACCACCAAGCUCGCCACCACCUUCGCGCCCAUCGUCAUCAUCUGGCUGGGCUUCAACGGCGCCUUCGGCAUCUACAACCUCGUAAAGUACGACUACACCGUCCUCAAGGCAUUUAGCCCCUACUACGCCAUCCACUUCUUCAUGGAGAAGAAGACGGAAGGCUGGAGGAUGCUGGGCGGCGUCCUGCUCUGCUUCACCGGCGUCGAGGCCCUCUUUGCCGACCUGGGCGCCUUUAGCAUGCGCGCCGUGCAGAUGAGCUGGCUGCUGUGGACGUACCCUUGCCUGAUCCUCGCGUACAGCGGGCAGGCUGCGCAUCUCGCACUCAUGCCGGAGAAGUACACCAACCCCUUUUUCAACACCGUCCCCCCGGGCAUGCUGUAUCCCAGCUUGAUCCUCGCUGUGUUGGCUGCCAUUGUCGCUUCGCAGGCCAUUAUCACGGCCACAUUCCAGCUCUCCAGUCAGAUCAUGAAGCUGUCGUACUGCCCCCAGAUGAAGGUCGUCCACACAUCCUCCACCUUUCACGGCCAGGUCUACGUGCCCCUCCUCAACUGGCUCCUCAUGCUCGGCACGAUUCUCGUCACCGCCGUAUAUAACAAUACGACCAGCUUAGGUCAUGCCUACGGCGUCUGCGUCAUCUUCGUCACCUUCUUCGACACCCUAAUGGUCACCCUCGUCGCGAUCCUCGUCUGGCGCCUCCCUGUCUGGCUCAUCGCCUUCCCGGCCCUGGCCUUUGCCACCCUCGACGGCCUCUACCUCUCCUCGGCCCUGAAUAAGGUCCCCGACGGCGCCUGGUUCACGCUCCUCAUCUCCGCCCUCAUGGCCGGCAUGUUCCUCCUCUGGCGCUUCGGCAAGGAGAACCAAUGGCGCGCCGAGGCCGAGGACCGCUUCCAGCCCAAAACCCUCGUCACCAAGAACAAGGAGGGCAUGCUGGCGCUCACCCAGCGCUGGGGCGGCGACGUCCUCUCCCCCGUCAGCGGCUUCGGCAUCUUUUUCGACAAGACGGGCGUCCAGACCCCGAGCGUCUUUACACACUUUGCCUCCAAGCUCGGCGCCCUCCCCGAAGUCGCCGUCUUCUUCCACCUGCACCCGGUCGAGGUGCCCACCGUACCAGACACGGAACGCUUCUUCGUCUCGCGCUUCGCGAACCUGCCUGGCUGCUACCGCCUCGUCGUGCGCCAAGGCUUCAUGGACGAGGUCGUUAGCCCGGAUCUCGGCGCGCUCAUCUACGAGCACGUACGCAAGUUCAUCGUGCGGCAGGCGACGGCCAAGGCCGCGGCCGCGAGCGAGCAGGAGACGACGACGGACGGCUCGUGGGAGGAGACGGAGGGUCCCGUGGAGCUGCGGGACGAAAAGGUUGCGGCGGAGCUGGCGAAGCUGGACCGCGCUUUUUCGCACAAGGUGCUGUACAUUGUCGGCAAGGGGCAGAUGCACAUGCGCACGGGGACGAGCAUCGUGAGGCGGUUUACCCUGGGUACGUUUUUGUGGAUUCGGGAUAACACCCGGGCCAAGAUUGCGAACCUGAGGUUGGCCAUGGAUAGGGUUGUCGAGGUUGGAUUUGUCAAGGAAAUUUAG